UUAUUAACUUUGUGUCAACAUGUUCGGCGUUUUUACCUGCAGUGUAACUGUGGGUAAAAACGCCAAACAUGUUGACAAAAGCUGUUAUUUGUACGGAUUUUAAGGAGUAACUUGUGUUUGUGCAAUAACUUGAACAAUAAUUCCUUCAGAUAUUCGCGAAAAACACAAAACUGAGGUAUCUUGUUGCAAAGAUUUUAUGUAUCAUUUGUUUUGCGAAUUUGUGUUCUAGUACAAAAUUCGAAGAUAUCAGAGAGGUCUGUAUGGUGCCAAAAGAGUGCAUCUAAACUUUUGAGGGAGAAAAUAAAAACUUCUGCAUUAAAUGAAAUUAAUCAUAUGCGAACAAUUGUAGUUGCUAUCGACAAUUUAUCAUGUCAUGAUAAUCAUCUUGUAGGAUCGGCUGAAUUGAUUUCUCAAAAAAUUGAUCCUGAAAUUUCUAAAAAAAUUGAAGAAUAUGUAAUGGAGGGAAUAUUCAAUGUAAGAGACAUGAAAAGGCUCCUUCGAAUUGCUGUAAAGGGUAUAUUUGAAAAAGAAAAUCCUCCUCCACCAAAUAAUAGAAGGUUUUUCCCCCGUGUUACAACUAUAAGAUCACAUAUAGUCAAAAUUAAACAAAAGCUAAGAUUGUCGAGUCCUCGUAUGUGAUUUUCAUAGAGAGCAGGCAUGAAAUCGCUGGUUGUCAAAGACUACAAAUGGAUGCUCUGAUUUUAAAGGAAGUAUAAUUUCAUUGCUGCGUUGUGUUGCUAGAGCACAAACU